CUGCCCCCUCCCCUUCCUUACAUGGUCUGGGGGCCCCACUGGCUGAUCCUCUCCCCUGCCCUUGGCUCCAAGAAUGGCCUCGGUAGUCCUAGCGGGUACGAAGGCGACCAAAUAAGGCAAGGUGGCAGACCGGGCCCCCCACCCCUGCCCCCGGCUGCUCCAACUGACCCUGUCCAUCAGCGUGCUAUAAAGCGGCCCUCUUGGAGCCCGCCACCCAGCGCCCGCCGCCCUAGCCAAGCCGAGCCCACCCGCCCCGCGGACGAACCCCCUGAAGCUGUGCCAAGAUGUGUGACGACGAGGAGACCACCGCCCUGGUGUGCGACAAUGGCUCUGGGCUGGUGAAGGCCGGCUUUGCGGGCGAUGACGCUCCCCGCGCGGUCUUCCCAUCCAUCGUGGGCCGCCCGCGGCACCAGGGAGUUAUGGUUGGUAUGGGUCAGAAGGACUCCUAUGUAGGUGAUGAAGCCCAGAGCAAGCGAGGCAUCCUGACCCUGAAGUACCCCAUCGAGCACGGUAUCAUCACCAACUGGGAUGAUAUGGAGAAGAUCUGGCACCACACCUUCUACAACGAGCUCCGUGUGGCUCCUGAGGAGCACCCCACCCUGCUCACAGAGGCCCCACUGAACCCCAAGGCCAACCGGGAAAAGAUGACCCAGAUCAUGUUUGAGACCUUCAAUGUCCCUGCCAUGUACGUGGCCAUCCAGGCAGUGCUAUCCCUGUAUGCUUCUGGCCGUACCACAGGCAUUGUUCUGGACUCUGGGGAUGGUGUAACUCACAAUGUCCCCAUCUAUGAAGGCUACGCUUUGCCCCAUGCCAUCAUGCGUCUGGAUCUGGCUGGUCGGGACCUCACUGACUACCUCAUGAAGAUCCUCACUGAGCGUGGCUACUCCUUUGUCACCACUGCGGAACGUGAAAUUGUCCGUGACAUUAAAGAGAAGCUGUGCUAUGUUGCCCUGGAUUUUGAGAAUGAGAUGGCCACAGCUGCCUCUUCCUCCUCUCUGGAGAAGAGCUAUGAACUGCCUGAUGGCCAAGUCAUCACUAUUGGCAACGAGCGCUUCCGCUGUCCUGAGACGCUCUUCCAGCCCUCCUUCAUUGGUAUGGAAUCUGCUGGCAUCCAUGAAACAACUUACAAUAGCAUUAUGAAGUGUGACAUUGAUAUCCGCAAGGAUCUGUAUGCCAACAAUGUCUUAUCUGGAGGCACCACUAUGUACCCUGGCAUUGCGGAUCGUAUGCAGAAGGAAAUCACUGCCCUGGCUCCUAGCACCAUGAAGAUUAAGAUUAUUGCUCCCCCUGAGCGUAAAUACUCUGUCUGGAUUGGGGGCUCCAUCCUGGCCUCUCUGUCCACCUUCCAGCAGAUGUGGAUUAGCAAGCAAGAGUAUGAUGAGGCAGGCCCAUCCAUUGUCCACCGCAAAUGCUUCUAAGGUGCUUUCUUUCUUCAUCUACCUUCCAGUCAGGAUGAUGGUAUUAUGCUUCUUGAAGUCUUCCAAACCACCUUCCCUCAUCUCUCAUCAAUCAUUGUACAGUUUGUUUACACACGUGCAAUUUGUUUGUGCUUCUAAUAUUUAUUGCUUUAUAAAUAAACCAGACCAGGAUUUGCAACCUA